UGUGCAUCUCCCUACUCAUCUCUGUCGUAGCGUUGUGCAUCUCCCUAUCUCUGGUGGAUCUCCCGACUCAUCUCUGCCUGAACUGAAGGCCCUUGAAUCAGUCUCACGUUUUUGAUUGGUCGAGAAUACAUAUAUAGUAAUACAUCUCCGGUGUGGUCAUAUCGAUAAGGCAGAACAGGACGAAUCUUCUACAAACAUAUACUAUUGACAUCCGUGAGUUUAGCGCCAAAUCUGUGAAAAGGUUUAGAUGCACGGAAUUGUCAAGGAGGAGUUUUUAAAUGUAAUUCAAACUGUUAUCUUGCUAUUCUGAGAGUUGCGUUUAAUGUGACAAAAUGAAAUUCAAAUGUAGAAUGUCGGAUGGAAUUGCUAUGAGGGAUUUUAGCAACAUAGUAAAUACAGUGGUACGUGCAUCUAAAUUAUGCGUGUUCCGUUUAACGAAACAACACGUUUAUUUCUUCGUGGGAGAUAAGAGGUGGCCAGUAAUUUGGGCUGAGCUCACACCAGACAAUUUUUUCGAUGAAUAUACUAUGAUUGGUGUCUCCACGCAGCAUGAUGAAAUAUUUCUAGAAUUAGAGCCAUCGAUGCUUGCUAGGAGUUUGAGUUCGCUCAAAAUGACAGCUAAACCAGUUAAAAUAAAGUUAACAAAUAAGCAGCAGCCGUGUCUUACUAUUGAGUUAGAACUAUCAUCUCUUAGUACAGAAUCUCGUCAUUGUGUACAUGAUGUUCCUGUUAGAGUAAUACCAAGGAAGGAAUGGGAAAUGUACCAGACACCUGAUAUACCUCAGUUUGAUAUAACCAUAGAAAUGCCAGAGUUAAAGCACAUUCGUCAUCAAGUAGAUAGAAUGAGAAAUAUGAGUGGACAAAUUACAAUAAUUGCUGACAGAACUGGACAAUUAAUACUAAAGAUAGAGACAGAUCAUGCUACCAUAGCCACACAUUUUCAAGGUCUACUGAUUAAAGGGUCAAAACCAAUAACUGAUCAAAAAUAUUCAGCGAAAGUUGAAAUUAAGAAGUUUGCAAUGUUCUUAUCUGGGGACACAAUGCAUCCAGACAAUGUCACAUGUAAUAUAGUCCAUGAGAGAAUGUUAAAUCUGUGUUUAAUGAUUGAAGGGCAUCUUACAAUGCAAUAUUUUGUACCUGCCAUGUCGUCUUAAUUUGCAGAAAAAAAAAUAUGAAUGCCAA